AUGGCUUGGGCUGAAGACUCAACUCCGUGGCAAGCUUGGGUUGUGCAAACCCCUUUCAUCAAGUGGGAUGGGCCAUUCGAACGCCUGGACGUAACCAAGGCCUCUGUACCGCUUGUCAAAGGUCCGGGAGGGUGGCAUCUACAGGAAGGCCUACUGAAAAGAUGGACAGAACUCGAGGAGAGGCUUGUUGAGCUGGCUCGGCUGUUUGCCACUCGAUUAUCCCUCCACUCCCUCUCCCUCAAACCUUUCUGGCUCCCCACUGAAUUUGGUCUACGAGAGCCAUUUCAAGGGAAAAAGUGUGGAUGGCGCGUUAUCCGUUGCCACGAUGCUUUUGUCCCACUCGCAGCCUAUGUUAGUUACAUGGCAGCUAUACUUGAAUAUAAGUGGGAUACCGUGCAAUACCAACCAGGAUAUAUACCAUCCAAGGCCUAUGAGAUUGCAGCAACUGUCUUGCCACCUGAUUGGGUAGAUACUCUAUUUGCAUCUGCGCUCAUGUCUGCCCCAGGCCCUUCCCGUGCAGGGCUGGUUAUCAUACAAAAGCAUCAGUGGUGGGAUGACUUCCCAGUGAUGGCAUAUGCGGAUGUACCACUUUUCUUCUACUGGUGUUCUUACGCGAAUUUUGCUUGGACCCAGUGGAAUACGACCACUGCCCCCGAGUUGUGGCCCUAUUGUCCAACUGUCGAAAUGGUGGAAAGGAUGUGCAGGGCUACACCAGGUGUCCCUGGAGACUCCACACUUUCACCUCCGCCACUCAGGAGUCUUUUGUCCAGUGGUGAUGCCCCACAUGCAGGCACCACAUCUUCAUCUGCCAGACAUCUGGUCAGGCAGAAGAUACCAGGAAGUAGUGGCCAGUACGAGGGAGAAAAAGUUUGGGAAUUCAUGGCAAGGUGGGACAAGGAGCGAAUGAGGCGCUUCACCUCUGCUAGCAGUAGGCAGUUGCAGCAAUGGAGGUUGAGGGAAGCUAACAGCAAGACCUUUCCAUUCCCUGCAAAGGCCAAGGUUUACAAAUGGGUCAACAUUGAUGAAGUAAAGCCUGUACACCUUCGCCAUGUGGUAAUGCAUAGUGACGUUACAGAGGAGUACUGGGAGUCCUUGGAUAGGUCCAGAUUGGUGUUCAAUCCCAUCAACAAUGAAUGGGAUGUCGACGAUGCAAUUGAUCCGAAGCCGGUGACUGCGAGGGGGUAUGAGUUGUUGGAUGAAUCGGAUGAAGAGUUUUUUGGCGAUGAAUGGGGUGGGGAUAAGGUUGUGGUCGCUCGGAAAACAGGUCCAUCAACUGCUGGUGCCCCUGACCUGCCUGCUCCCCUCCCCCCACUGCAUCUCGUGGACACCUUCCUUCAGCUGGUUCUCUUGACUCAUCCUCAGCAGGAUGGCUCCUUCCCCGACCCCCAACUGCACCUCGUGGACUCCCUCCUUCAGUUGGUUCACUCAAGUCAUCCCCGGCAGGGCAGCACACUCCCCAAGCCGCCGCUGCAUCUCGCGGACACACUCCCUUGGCUGGUUCUCUCAAAUUGUCCUCGGCAGGCCCAUCUCAGAAUCGAGGAGCAUCCACCCAUCCUAACCCCGUCAUGCAGACUUCAACGGUUUCUCCCGGUCCACCCCCAACAGCCGCAUCUCAGGCUCGAGGGACCCAGGGAUCCAGCAGACAUGAGGCUGGGCCACAUUACCAAGUAUCGCCAUCUUCCUGCCAACAUUGGUGCCAUUCUCACGCUCCGGUAUGGACUUCUUGCGAGUCCGGAAGGCCUUCGGCUUGAUAUAGUCUGGGUAUCCUCACAUCCGGAAUUUAGCAAGAAGCUGUCAUCCUUCAUGGUUGAGAAGGCUUCCGGCGCAUAUUCUCAGGAGUUUAUGGACAAGGUGAUAACUUUCAUGAAGAAUCUAUGUACAGGUGGGGGGCAAGGUACACUCUCCCACUGCGAUCUCACCCAGGGGCCACUCCAAACACCAUUGAAUGUGCGCCGUCUGCCUGCCGAUGAAACUAUAUAUUAUGCUAUGACCCCUCCUGAUGGACCAGGUGUCUGGGUGACUACAGCAGUGGAGGCAUUCCUUCCCUUUGUCCCUGUGUUUUGCCACAUCCGCAGAAGACUGUCGAACUGGGGUCUCUUGUACAACAACUGGUGCUAUGUAUCCCAGAGAGACAGCUUUAUCGUCAGUCACCCUCACAGCCGGGCUGCGCUACUCCUCAGCGGCAUGAUGUGGUGCCUUGCACUGGAUGCACUCCAUGGCACGGCAGAAGAUGUCGUGUGUGCUGGACCAAGUGAAGCAGCCAUCGAGAAUGGAUUUGGCCGUCUGGUCACCCAUGUGGACGGUACCUCAGGAUGGUAUGAAGAGCACAUUGAUCCUUUGGAGGAGGCUUGCAUCAUUGGCACUUAUUCCGUCGAAACUAGUCCUGGACAUCAACAAUGUGGAAAUGCUGCGGCUAUGGCUCUCCCGGCUAUUGGACCAACGGGGCAGAAGAGUGGUACCAAAAUCGGCUUAGGGAAAUCAUGA